AUGUCAUCUUUAGAAACAAUUAAUUUUAAUAAAAAUAUAAACGAAACAGUACCUAACGUAUCUAAAAAAAGUAAAAAAGAUGUAGAGGGUAAGAAAGUGGAUAAAUGUAAGAAAAGUCAAGGACUUGAUGAUAUAAAUGAAUCAAGAAAAAGACCAAAAAAAAAUAUGUCAACGAACUCAAAUAAUAAUAAUUUAUCAGUUGAAAAUGAGAAAGAUAGUUUAUCUGAAUCUUUUGAAAAAUUUUGUGAGGAUCAUAUGAAGGAAAGUGUUUUUUUUUUGGAUGCAGAGAAAGAUACAUCACAUAGUAAAGAAGCUGGUGAUGAAAACGAACAUGAAAGAAAUGAUUAUGAGGAAGAAAAAAGAAAAAACAAUUUUGAUAAAAAAAGAAAAAAUAUUUCAUCUCCUGAUAACAAAUUUGAACAUCCAGACACAACAUAUUAUGAUAUAUUAAAUGUAAGUCCAGAUGCAGAUUCAAGUGAAAUUAAAAAAAGCUAUUAUAAAUUAGCUUUAGAGUAUCAUCCAGACAAAAAUCCAGGAGAUGAAGAAGCAAAAGUAAAAUUUCAAAAAGUGAAUGAAGCAUAUCAAAUAUUAAGUGAUAAAGAAAAAAGAGCUGAAUAUGAUAGUAUAGGUAUGCAAUGUGUUGAUGACGUGACUUUAAUUGAUCCAUCUCUUUUAUUUAUGAUGUUGUUUAGUUCUGAAAAAUUAUGUGAUUAUAUUGGAGUGUAUGAUUUAACAUAUAUGUUUAAUUUUAUAAUGAGAUCAAUGAAUAAAGGACAUGCCAAUGGGAUUAUAUUUAAUAUGUUUGGAUUUAUGAAUAAGUUUUUUGAUAAAUUUAAGAAAGAUCAAGAAAACAGAGAAUUUGAUUUGGCAGUUUCUUUAAAAUAUAGGUUACAGGGAUAUGUAAAUGGUGAUGAUGAUUGGGAGAAACAAAUGGAAAAUGAACUAGGCGAUUUACUUGAAUCUAAUUUUUCUGGUCAUAUUUUAGAAUCUGUGGGAUGGAUAUAUGAGAAUGUAGCAAAAUGUUAUAUAUUAAAGAAUACAACAUUUAUGGGAUGGGGUGCAAGAUCAGCAAAAAAGGAAUAUAAGAAAAGAUACAAAAUGAAUUAUAAAUGUGUUUUUCGAAGUAUUUUUAAUACCAUGGGUAUGUUAGCAAAUUUUGUAAUGAAUCCUCUUCCAUUUAUGAUAGAAGGAAAUAAGAAUUAUAAUAACAUGACACAAAUUAAAAAUAAUGAAAGUACAAGUACUACUCAUACUAUAUGUAGUAUGAGUAGUAAUAGGGGACCUUAUAGUUUACAAAAUAUUAAUAGACAAAGUGAUUAUAAUAAUAAAUUAACAAUGGAAGCAUAUAUCAAAAAAAUAUUCGAUUCGUUGAUGUCAACAAUUGUUACGUUAUUUUUGAAUAUUAUCGAAGGAACUGUUAGAACAAGUUGUAAAAUGGUUUUAAUUGAAUUAGAUGUAGAUAAGGAUACCUUAUUAAAACGAGCGCAAGGUAUGAAACUAUUAGGGGAAAAGAUGCAAAAAUUGGCCAACAUUAAAAAAAGAGAAAGUGAAAAUAAAGAAAUGGAUUGUAUGGACCUUAUAGAAAAAGCUAUAAAGGAAGCAAAAUUGAAAAUGAAAUCCUAUAAGACGGAAAAUUGA